AAGAGUCAUGCCACAAAACAGCUAUUUUUAAUUAGUUUCUUAACAAUUUCGCCUAUUACUAUUUCGUCUUUUUAUCUUUGCAUAUCUCAUAGAGGGCGUUAGCGUACAAUGGAUUUUCAAGUUUCCAUAAGAUCGACUGUCUUUAAUAAUAUAUCGUUGAUGUUGGAAAUGAUUGGAUUUGGAAUAGGAGUAAACAAGACUAAAGAAGAUUGAUAAUUUAGUAGUUUUUUCCUGUGAAAUGUAAAUAUUGUGACAAAUAAUGAAAAAUUAGUAUAAUUUUGAUUAAAUAAAAAAGAAAUAGGCAUUAUUGAGGAUGAGAAAUCUCAAUAUUAUGAGAAUAUUAAAAAAAAUUUUAUUGAUCAAUAUCAAUUAAAUAAUGGCACCAACGAAAGACAAAUGGACAAGGCGUUUUAUAAUCACUGAAACAAAGCGACAUAAAAAGGGUUUUACAAUUUACAAAGUUACUUCUAUGAUAUUUCUAAAAUCUUUUCAUGAAGAAGUAUCAAAAAUAUCUGUAUGGAAACGUUACAAUGAUUUCAAAAAACUUCAUUCAGAACUCGGUAACUUAUAUAAACGUUUAGGAAUAAAAGAGGCUUUUCCAACUUUUCCCAAAUCGAAAUAUUUUGGUAGAUUUGAAGCUGAAGUUGUUGAAGAAAGGAAGAAAUAUGCUUUGAAAUUUUUGGAAUUUGUAGGACGGCAUUCAUACUUAUACUCAAGUGAUAUCUUUAUAACAUUCUUUGAGACUAGCCAUCAAGAUAAUUAUACUAACGACUGCGCACAUUCCUUGAGCUCUGAUACCUCUGAAGAUGAUCGUAUUGUCGCUUCAAAUGAUUCUGUGUUCGCAAAUGAUAAUAUAGUGCAAGAUACUUUUCAAGUUCCAUAUUUAUCAAAACCAUCUAAUAUAUUGACAAGUUCAUGUUCUACAUUAUCAAAUGUUAUUUGUACAAAUAACAAUGAAUUUACAGUACAUCAGAAAAAUAAUGAAUCUCAAGAUAGUAUUAACUUACAAAAUGCCAACAUUAAUAAAGAAGAACAAAAUUGCAAAAUAACAAAAUUACAUGUGCAAGGUACUAAAAAUUAUGAUCCACAUAUUGGAAAUAAAGAUUGUGAUAAAAAUAAUAUCACUACAUUUAGCAACGUAUCAGAAUUUGAUAAUCUGAACAAUGUCAUCAGUAAAAAUCUUUCAAAUUAUGAUACACAUUCCACAUAUCCCACAACAUUAUAUGAGGAAGUAAGUCUUUCACAGAGACAGUCUGAAUCUACACAAUAUCUUUUAAUAGCUGCUGCUCAUAUAAGUGCAGCCUUUAAACAUGAAUCUAUAGGAGAAUAUGAGGAAGCUUUUACACAGUACAAACUGGGAAUAUCAUGUCUGAUAAAUGGUGUAAAAUCUGACACAGAUAAAACAAGAAUAUUAAGUAUAAAAGAUAAAGUAUCAAAAUAUUUAACGCGAGCUGAGCAAUUAUAUAACAGGCAUUUAAAUUGCAAUAUUUCCAUAGUCAAGAAACCAAUAUCAGAACUUCAGUAUUAUAAAGUGCUUAAAAUAAUGAAAUCCGUGAUGCUUGUAAUGGAUAUACGUGCAAAUUGUAACAAAAUAAUCAAGACUGCAGAAAAAUCCUGUAUUCAAGAGAACAAUAUAAGCAAUUAUGUAUUAUGCAAACAAGUACCUUACAUGGUACAUUUAUAUGCCUGUAUUGAAACAGAAACUGCUAUAUUUUUAAUUCUGCAAUAUGCAAGUUGUGGAAAGCUAUGGGAUUUUGUAAGAUUACAUUACAACUUAUAUGACAAUUCGUAUAUAACUUCGAAUCAAAUAUGCGCUAAUAGAGAUAUAAAUAAUGAAACCAAUAACAGUGAAAACAAUUGUGGACCAAACAAAACAGAAAAUAUUAUGGAAAAUAAUCAAGUCCAAAAUGAUCAUCGAUAUAUGACAGGUGUUCAAAGUGAAAUCUAUAUGGAAAUGCCUACUAUACAAUUGCUAGAAAAAUCACAAGAAUUGCUACAAUCCGUUAAUGCAACAUUGGAGAAAAGUAAUUCCAUUGCAAAUCGAUUAAAUAAACGUAAAGAAUUAAAACAUUCAGAAAGUACAUUAUCAUCUGAUACUGAAACCAUCACACAGAUAUCUCAAAAAUCAGAUCUCAUGUUAUCUAAUGCUCAUCGUGAUAAGUCGAAUCCUGAUAUGAAGAUGAAAGACAUCAUUGCAGAGAAUUCUUUAAUAAAUAAUUUGGUAGAGAAUAGAGACUUGAAAGGCAAUAAUUCUUUAAAAAAUAGUAAAAAUUUAAAUAUAUCAAGAAACACUUAUGCAUCUAUAUUAAAAGAAAGUUGCACAGCUCGCAAUUCGCUUGAAAAUAAAAAAAUAGGAAAUUUGUAUAAUAACUCAAUUUCAAAGACUAUUUCAAUACAAAAUGUCUCGACUGAUGGUUUAGUUCACAUUCGUAAGACAAAUAACAUUGAAAAUGUAUCUAGUCAAAUAAAUUUAUCAAAUAGUGAUUGUAGCAUUAGUGAAACGCAAUAUCAAUAUACAUGUAAAGAAAAUAAUAUAGAUAAUAAUAUAGAAGAACAAAAACUUUGGCAAGUACCUGAAUCUGUAAUUCGAUCAUGGGCAGCUGAAAUUCUUUUAGCUCUAGAAGCACUCCAUCAACAGAAUAUCUUUAUUUUUGACUUUAAGCCUGAUAAUAUUCUUCUUGAUGACACGGGACAUAUCCGGCUUACAUAUAUUACACCACAGCACAAUAUUGAAUUAUCUAAACUAACAUAUCCAUAUUCGUCACCAGAAUUAGUAAUGUUUUCUCCGACUAUUCUUAUUACAUCUGCUACAGAUAUUUGGAGUUUUGGAGUUAUUUUAUAUGAACUACUUACUGGAAUUACAUUUAUCAAGAAACAUCCAGGAUUAUUUCAUUCACAUUCUACGAUUAAUAUUCCUAGCAGAUUAUCGGAGAGUGCAAGAUCUCUGCUAUGUGGUAUGCUGAAAUAUCAUCCAGAAGAACGAUUAACGAUAGAUGAAAUAAAGAAUCAUCAAUUUUUUGCAAAAAUUGAUUGGUUAAACAUGACCAAUUCUCCAAUUUAAUAUAUACAUUAUUGUGCGAUUAAUAAACUUUACAAUUAUUGUAAUAAUCAAAUCAGAAUAUUUAUUGUUAAUAAUUAAGAUACAA